AUGAAGAGCUUUCAUUCCUGUUGCUUUGACUGCGAGAUCUGCAAAGCAGGAACAUAUAUCAACAUCAGCGACACAGCAGAUCCAAACACCUGCCAAAAGUGCCAAGACUACGAGUGGUCUGGAGAUGGCAGCACGUCGUGCCAGAACCGGACCGUGGUGUUCCUUCCGCACGGUGCUCCCGCCUCCAUCGUCCUGACCCUCGCCGCCUCCUCCACCAUCCUGCUGUGUGGCUGCGUGCUGGCUCUGUUCAUCCGCCACUACGACACGCCUGUGGUCAAGUCGGCCGGCGGCAAAAUGUCACUGCUCGUGCUCGUCUUCUUGGCUCUGUCAUCCGUCAGCAUCUUCCUGUUUGCUGGAUGGCCAUCUGCCAUCACCUGCAGGCUGCGCAUCCCAACGUUUCUCGUCUUCUACACCGCCACCCUCUCCUGUCUGGCCGUCCGCUCUUUCCAGAUCGUCUCCGUCUUCAAACUGGCUGCCAAGCUGCCGAGGGCGUACGAGUUCUGGGUCAAACAUGGUGGACAGUGGCUGAUUGUAGCGAUCUGCACGAUCACUCAGCUACUUCUGAGCAUUUCGUGGAUGUUCGACAACGGACCCGACGGACCCCCACUGCCAAGUCAGAAACAGCUUAUUAGGGAAACAGCCUUGAUGUGCACGUGGGGCAAUGUAAAUAUUAUGUUUGCUAUGUUCACGUUUGGUAGCCUACUCAGUUUAGCCAGCUUUGCCUUUGCCUAUAUGGGGUCAGACCUUCCUAAAAACUACAAUGAAGGUAAAGCGGUUACGUUCUGCUUGCUCAUUUUCUAUAUAUCCUGGGCCUUGUUUCUCACACUGUACUUUGUUUUGGAGGAGAAAGGUAUCGCAGUGGCAAAUGCCUUUUGCAUUUUGUUCAGUAUCUUGGGGGUUUUAUUUGGUUACUUUGGACCAAAAUGCUACAUCAUUCUUUUCCAACCUGAGCGCAAUACAGCAACAUACUUUCAGGCAGAAAUUCAGACUUACAAUCUGCAAAUCAGAUGACCUUCAGAUUGUCAUGAAACA